UUUCACACAUCUGUUGAAAGCCUAACUUCAUAGGAUCUCAGUUUGCUCCCGUCCCGUCCGUCCGUAAUCGCCUGCGAAACACGUCUAGUUCCCUGUUUCACUCGCCCUCUCCCUUAUCGUAACAGUACCUAAACUGGUGCGCCUGAGCCUUCAAGCUUUCAAGCCUUCGAGUUGGCAAUGGCGUCCGUCGCUUCCCUCGCGAAGCCGGCUUUGCUCCUCCUCGUCGCUGCCUUCCUAGUCGUAUCCUCGGUAUCGGCUGCGCCGCCAACGACCGCGAAGCAACCGAAGCAGACGGUAGCGCUGCCGCCCUAUUAUGAGGAGGCGCUCGCGAAACUGAACGCCUCGGGAUUCACGAGCUUCGUUUCGCUCUUCAGCAUGUAUGGCAAGACAAAGCAGGUGAACCAGUUCGUUACGCAGAAUUCGGUUACCGUUCUUGUACCCACUAACGCGGCGAUCACUAGAGCGAAUCUCACCCGUUACGACAUGACGAAGCUGCUGACGAUCGUCGCGUAUCAAGUGAUCAAGGGCGUGAAGACCCGGCCCGAGCUGCAGAUGUUAACACCCGGCACGCCGGUGGUAACCCUAUCACAGGACUCGAAGAAGAAGCCGCUGUAUUUGACGAAGGUUUCGCCCGCGUCCGCGAAGAGACGGGUUACGCUGUGUGGGAAGACUACCCCCGUUAAGAGCAGGGUGACUAUAAUGGGUCCGGAUUUCUACAUCAAGAUUGGCAAGCUUGCUGUGCACACUACGAACAAUGUUGUGCUGCCGGAGGGGUUUUAGAAGUUAUCAAAGGUAAUACGGCUUGCAGUGAAGUAUACUUGCUACACUGCAGCUGAUACACGGCGGCUGGUUGAGCAGGACACUGUUCUCCAGUCAAUAAUGAGGAACCCCAAUUUGAGAGGGUUGCCUUAUACGAGGAUAAGCUCCAGUAGGUGCUACACUGCACCAUUUACAGGAGUUUGGGUGGCGGCUGACUUAUAUGAGUGGAUGGGACAAGUAGACCUCCUAUUAGUAGGGGUCAAACAUAGAAAAACAGUUAUGCUUGCCCUAACAUUCUUUGGAUAUACUGACCAGUGAAUCCCUUUCAGCAUCAGGGCCAUAGUUGCAGCACACUGCAG